ACGGAUUUUGCUUGCUUGUGCAUUUCCUUUUUCAGUGUGAUUAGUGAGUAGUUACGUUUUAGCGUUUGAUCCUUCUUUAUUUUUGUCAUUCUUUGGUAAAGAAGCAUCACACUGGCUCGAUUUAACCACAAACUCCUUCCUCUGUUUUUUGUCAUUGAUAAAAAUGUCAUCUUUUUACUAUUUCAGUGUGAUUAGUGAACAAUGAGGAGCUUUUGGUUAGGUUGUUAGCGUUUAAACUUCAUUUAGUUUGGUCACAUUGCUUCGAUUUAGCCACAUACUCAUCGAUCUGUUUUUUUGUCAUUGAUAAAAAUGUUUCUUUUUGCUAUAACUUCGAUCCUAUUAGGAAGCAAAGGUCCCUCUUGCUUUUCCUUUCUUUCGUGAAAAAUCGCUUCACUUUAAUUCCCUUGUUAAUGUUCUUUGCAUUUAUUAUUCACAUCCAUUAAUGUAGUUUUAUUGAAAACUUUGCAAAUUUUCAGAUGGCACUCCCUCCCUAUGAUCCGAAUUUCACAUUGGCUUUUUCAUACGGUAGACGCGAUAAUGUCUUUGAGAAUGACCCAGAGCACGAUGAAUCUGCUUCUGCUGCUAUCGUAGCGGUUGAGCUGAUAAGCUCUGCACGGCUUGCACUUAAGCUGGAUAGUGUCCGCACUGAGUACUCAGCUCAGUAUUUGGUGGACAAAGCUGGCUCACGCAACCUCAGGCGCAGGCGCAAGCUCACUGUCAAGGACUGCCUUAACUUUGCGUUAAAGAAAGGCGGCAUACCGAGAGCAGAAGAUUGGCCACCUUUGGGAUCUGAGUCAAAGACCCCAUCAUCGUACGAACCUGCUCUCGUUUCCAUGAAAGGAGAAGUGAUUGAGCCUAAGGAUAUGGACGAAGUACCUGAGUUGUUGGUGCAUCAAUCAGCCGUGGGAGCAAAACUGCAUGUGUUCACUCCACACAUUGAACUUCAACAAGACGCAAUUUACUUGCCUCGUCAGGUGAGUAUGCGCGCUACGUUGGACUUAGAGAUGGGAUAGUAGUUGGAACAGAGAAGAUCCAAGGAAAGUCCAUGGCAAUAGUGAAGGUAUGGUACAAGAAGAAGUUUGUAGUUGUCAAAGUGGCUUUGAGCAGGAUGUUUUAUUUGGCGGGCGUAGGGCCAUCUGUGCUGCUUGUGGACUUUUGUGUUCCACGCCUAUCCAUCGAUUAAGCAAGAAAUAUCUAUCUAUCUAGAGAACAACAUGCUACUAGUGGAAGACUUUGUUUAAGAAUGCAUGUUUUCAGGAGACUUUUUUUAUGUGAUAAGUUGAGAAGUUGAGAUCUCUACUUUCUAAAGACAUAUUUGUUUGGGAUGAUCGAUUAUUGUUAUGCUUAUUGAAUCUUUGGGUUACUGUUCGCUUAUGAUGGUGCUUGUAUCAAACUUUUCAGUUUCAAUCUUCAGUUGCAUAAUCCGAGUAAAUUUAUU